AUGCGAGUAUACAGAGCAGCAGUGAUGGGCUCCGGCGGAGUGGGAAAGUCGGCCGUCACGAUCCGGUUCAUCAACGGCGAGUACCUCGAGAUGUACGACCCCACGAAUCGGCGGCAGUUUGAAGUCGACGGCACACCGUGCCUCCUUGAGAUUCUCGACACUGCUGGCAUCGACCAAUAUCUGUCCUUGAACGACCUGUUCAUUCGUGAUUCGGACGGCUUUAUCCUCGUCUUCUCGCUCAUCCAGAAGGAGACAAUCAACGAGGUCAGAGGGGUGAGGGAGAGCAUCCGGCGGAUCAAGAACCCAGUGCACGCGCAGACGAUUCCCAUGGUCAUCAUUGGGAGAGACAAGGCCGACCUGGUCGACGAGCGGGAGGUGGCGCCGCAGACGGCCGAGGCGCUGGCUAUCGAGUCGGGCUGCCCGUACUUUGAGACGUCGGCGCGCGACAACAUCGGCAUCUUGCCAGCGUUUGCGGAGAUUGUGCGCCAGAUACGGCAGCACGGCGUGCGGAAGCGGCACAUGUCUCGACAUAGCACGACGAACCAUGGGAGCCGGAAGUGUGUGAUAUUGUAG